GCUGCUUUUCCCACGUCAUGCGUUUUAUUGAUGCACUGUCAGAUCGUUUUCCAUCAGGAUAGAUGCCUCGAGUGCGCCUUCGAAGUGCAGAGACCCUUACCGGGGUUCCUCUACAUGCUCGACUGGUGCGUCUAAUUACAGGUGGGGAAGCAUGGACCGUCCAUCAUCUGCAAGUCUUCGUGCUGACGUUCUUCAGCUUCGCCUUCAUUCAUGCCACUCGAAAGACAUUGUCCACCGUGAAACCAUCCUUGAUAGCUACAUGGACUCAAGGAACAGAAACACGUCCUCCGCUAUUUCCUUCCGAUCAAGCGGCCUCUGAGUUUCUCGCAAAGCUUGAUGGCGGAUUCCUUUUGGCUUAUUCCAUAACUUAA